AUGGAACAUUCACGUGAUAGGGCUGCUGGUGGAUCUAUAAAUUGUCCUCCAUGGUUCGAUGGUGGAUGUGAAAAAUAUACUCAGUGGAAGAUAUACAUGAAAUCAUAUCUCUAUGCUCAAGAUGAACAUGUGUGGAAUAUUGUAGAAAAUGGCUGGACUGUACCUAUGGUAAAAGCAAAAGGAGAAAGCUCUUCCACUGCCAAUCCCAAACCAAGGAAGGACUGGACUGAGGAAGAAGUUCGUGAUCUGCAAGCAGACUUCAAGGCUAAGAAUAGCAUUUUCACAGCUCUAUCUGAACAGGAAAAACUGAGGAUCAGUCAUUGUGAUAUUGCCAAGCAGGCAUGGGACCUUCUACAGACUACAUAUGAAGGAAAUAAAAAGUGGAAGAUAUACAUGAAAUCAUAUCUCUAUGCUCAAGAUGAACAUGUGUGGAAUAUUGUAGAAAAUGGCUGGACUGUACCUAUGGUAAAAACAAAAGGAGAGAGCUCUUCCACUGCCAAUCCCAAACCAAGGAAGGACUGGACUGAGGAAGAAGUUCGUGAUCUGCAAGCAGACUUCAAGGCUAAGAAUAGCAUUUUCACAGCUCUAUCUGAACGGGAAAAACUGAGGAUCAGUCAUUGUGAUAUUGCCAAGCAGGCAUGGGACCUUCUACAGACUACAUAUGAAGGAAAUAAAAAGGUACGUGCACAGAAAUUAAAAGCACUGAUCUUUGAGUUCGAAACUAUGACUAUGGGAGAUGAUGAAACCGUUGAUAACUUCCAUGGUAGAAUUCUUAAAAUUUCCGGUCAGUGUCGUAGUCUGGGAGCACCUUUUGAUGAAGAUAAGAUUGUCAAAAAAAUUCUCAGGGCCUUGCCAGAAAAGUUUCAUUCAAAAGUCACUAGUAUAGAGGACUCAUUUGAUAUUGAUAAGUAUCCACUCCAUGAGCUCAUCGGCAAUCUCAAAACUUAUGAGAUGAGGUUAAAACCUGAGAAGAAAAAUAAGGGUGUAGCCUUCAAGGCAGUGAAAGGAGUAGUAGAAGAAGAAGAAGAAGAAGAAACACUAGAUCUUGCUCUACUGACAAAGGAAUUCAAAAGAUUUAUCAAAAGCAAGAACUCCUCUAGAAAUCCCAAUGCUCCUAGGAAAAACACUUAUGGAAGAAGCAGUAGCAGCAGUGACUACAACAGCAAAAGUGGAAAAGGAAGCUUCAAGGGAACCCACUCAGGAAAACCUAAAUGUUAUGAGUGUGGUGGCUAUGGUCAUAUCUCUACUGACUGUGGAAAUAGGAAGCAUGGAAACAGCAACAACAAGUCUCAUCUUUCAACUUGGAGUGAUGAUGAGUCUCAAGAAGUUGAAAAUCUGGCUCUUGUAUCAUCACUUCUACCUGAUUCAGAUAGUGACGAGGCCUUCUCUGAUGAUGAAACAAAUGUCCGCUGCAGACAACUCUACAAAGCUUCAAAGGCAACUCUGCUUAGAAACUUGAAUUUGGAAAAAGAAGUAGAAUUUCUGAGAACUGAAAAAGAAAAAGUGGAGCAUCUAUUGGAAUCCUCACAAUCUGCAUGGAAACCAGAGAAAAGCAAACAUGUGAGUGAUCUACAAGAUGACCAAGAGUUAUUGACAUGGAAGACUGAAAAAGAUGAGUAUCUCAACAGGAUCAAAUUGCUGGAACUGGAUGUUAAAGGACAACAAGCAUUGAACUUGGAAUUGUUGGCUAAAAAUGAGUCUCUGCAAGAUGAGUUAAAAUUGACUCAAGAAAGAUUCACCAAGUUUGAUGUCAGCUCUAGCUCCAUGUCAAAAUUGCUCGGAUCAGGAAAAGCUCCUCAUGACACUUGUGGGUUAGGAUACACUGGAGAGAAUUCCAAAAGUACUAAAUUCGUAAGAGCAUCAAGACCAUCUGGAGAAAUGGAAGAAGUCUCCACUGAUGAUCAUGUCAAGAUUGUGAAGGAAGGCCAACCAAACCCAAACCUUCAGGUAAAAAUUGACCAAAAGUUCCACACUGGUCAAAACAACAAAGCUCAACAAAGCUCUCACAUUGAGGCAACUUGUUUGGUAGCCUUGACUGCAUUAGCAGACAAGCGACGAGAUUUCUGGUAUGUUGACAGUGGUUGCUCUAGACAUAUGACUGGAGACAAAACCUGGUUUACGUCCUUUAAGGAUGAAAACACAACUGGAUCAGUCACGUUUGGAGAUAGAAGGAAUGCAAAUAUUCUGGCUCGAGGCACUGUAAACACUCCAGGUAUACCUGAUCUUAAAAAUGUUUUAUUCGUUGAAGACUUAACUGCAAAUCUGAUUAGCGUCAGUCAUUUGGCUGAUGACUAUGAAGACGUGUGGUUUAACAAACAGAGAUGUUUGGUCUUAAAUCAGAAAGGAGAAGGUAUCAUGGGAGGUAAGAGAUCUGUUGAUAACUGUUAUCAUAUUCAAGCUAAUGAAUCUUCCAGCAUGCAGUCUUGUUUGUCUGUAAAAUCCACAGAGGAGACCUUUGAACUUUGGCACAGGAAGAUGGGACAUGUAAACUAUCAGGACUUGCUGAAAUUAUCUUCCAAGCAAUGUGUCAGAGGCUUGCCCAAUUUAAAGGGCAAAACUGACAAGAUAUGA